AUGUUGGGUUCCUCUAGCGUCGCCACCAUGAAGAAGGUGGUUCAGCAGCUCCGGCUGGAGACCGGGCUCAACCGUGUGAAGGUUUCCCAGGCAGCUGCAGACUCGAAACAGUUCUGUCUGCAGAAUGCUCAACAUGACCCUCUGCUGACCGGAGUGUCUUCCAGUACAAAUCCCUUCAGACCCCAGAAAGUCUGCUCCUUUUUGUAGUCAGCUAUCUUGAGGUUUCUUAAACGACUUUUCAUGACCCAGUGGAUAUUCAAGAGAACUAGAUCUGAAGUCUGUACAGAAGCUUCUCUAACACGUGCCAUACACACGGUCUGUACUUGUC